ACUGAUCAAUGUUAACACUGAUCAAUGUGAACACUGAUCAAUGUUAAGACAUGAACACUGGUCAAUGUUAAGACAUGAACACUGGUCAAUGUGAACACUGAUCAAUGUUAAGACAUGAACACUGGUCAAUGUGAACACUGAUCAAUGUUAAGACGUGAACACUGAUCAAUGUGAACACUGAUCAAUGUUAAGACGUGAACACUGAGAGACAGAGAGAGAGAGAGUACUCAUACCACUGUAAUCUAUUACUCUGUUACUGUGUUCAUUAAAAUCAGCUGUUUGAAUGAACCUCAUCAUGAUUUCAUCUGUCAGUUACCAUGGUAACAACUCUUAAAACAGAUGAAAUCAAACGUAAAGUAGAUGACGUCAUCGGCGGCCGGCAGUGACGUGUGUUUACCUGCAGCUUCACACCUGUACGUAGCGGCGCGAGCGUGACGUCGGAUCUAUUCGUUUCUACUUCUACGCUGGAAAACAGCAGCGAGCCUCCGCGCAUGCGCACAUUCUAAAAUACGAUUUGCACAACGGCCCGACAUCAAAGAUGGCGGGAGCCUCCGACCCACUGGAGGACAUGCUCUUCACGGAGGUGGACGAGAAGGCGGUCAGCGACCUGGUCGGCUCUCUGGAGUCCCAGCUCGGCGACAGGAAGCUGCCCGCUGCCUACACCGACGGGAAGCGGGAGGCGGCUCCGGCCGCCGGCAGCCACUUCUCAGGGAAAGUGCGCGAUGCAGCGGGGUCUGUGGAGCCGCAACAAGGGCAUCCGAAAGCGGGGUUAACCCAGGAACCCGGCGCUAACGAGCCGCUGUCCGCCAAAACUCUCACCGCCUCUACCUCCUCUGUGGCCGCCGGGGCCGUGAUCAGCCCCGGAGCGGGUCUGCAAACAGUUGGAGCCUCUCCUCCCGCUGUUCCUCCGGUACCGGGACCCGUAACUUUGAGCACUCAGCCCGCGGCUGCUAGCUUCCACCGGGCUCCCAGCGCCGCCAUCGUCCCCGCGGCGGAGGCUCUCCGGACCGCCUCUCCCGGGCUGCAAACUUUGAACGGCAGCGCCGGAGCCGUGAAGUUGGUGAACUCGGCCGCGGCGCCCGCUGCAGCCGGGUCCGGCUCGGUCAUCAGUACUGUCAGUGCCGGCAGCUCCACCAUCAUCGCCUCCAUGGCUGCACAGCCCGCUUUUCCUGUACCUCAGUCCACGGUGAGUCCCGCCGGAGCUCUGCAGAGGCACCCCAGCCCGGUGGCCCAGAACGGGGUGGACCCAAAGGGAGCCCAGCUGGUGACCCCUGGCGCCCCGGCAGCCUCCAGCUCUCAGGUCGUGAACCACAGCACCCCUCUGAUGCACACCAAGAUGCUGGUGCCCAGCCAGCCCGUCUCCGGGAGCUCCGUCAUCCUGGCCAGCACCCCCCCCCCUGUGGCGGUCCAGUCCCCCAUCAGCCAGACCCAGACCGGGACCAGCCCAGCCACCGUCACCCUGGCUGCUGCCGGGAUGAAGCCUGCGGUGAACGGCGUGAGCCAGCCCACCGUGACCGUGGUGAGGCCGCCGGGCGCCGUCGUGGCCACGACCAUCCAGCAGCAGAGACCCGGGCUGGUGGUGAGCUCGACCAGAGCUGCUGCUCCUCAGCCGCCGCUGGCGGUCCGGCCUCAGCAGCAGACCACCAUCCAGCUGCCGCCCGGCUUCACCAUGCCUCCAGGUAUGGUUCUGGUCCGGACAGAGACGGGUCAGCUCGUCAUGGUCCCUCAGCAAGUUCUGGCUCAGGCUCAGGCCAAGACACAGCAGGGCCAGACAGUGACUAACAUCACCCAGAGACCGACGACCCCAACGGCCGGGGCCACGAUCCGGGGCUCCACGGCUCCUCAGACUGUGCGCCUGGCGUCCCCCGCUCAGACCAGAAUGGUUCAGUCCCCCUCCACGACCACUGUACAGAAGGCCAUCACAGUGGCGCCCGGCAGCGCGGCGGUGUCGGUGAAGAUGACCCCCCCUCAGAAGGCCCAGACAGUGAUCACGGCAGGGGGGACACCUGUGGCCAAACCUGUCCCGUCUACGCCCCUGACCAGCACGACGCCCGCCACCCCGGCAACGCCCGCCGGCAGAGUGACGGUGGUGUCGCAGGAAAUGCAAGAAAACGUGAAGAAAUGCAAGAACUUCCUUGCCACACUCAUCAAGCUGGCGUCCCACAACUCGCCCUCCCCAGAUACCUCCAAGAAUGUGAAGGCCCUCGUCCAGGACCUGCUCGACGCUAAGAUUGAGCCUGAGGAGUUCACCACUCGGCUGCAGGCUGAGCUCAAGUCCUCCCCACAGCCCUACCUCAUCCCCUUCCUCAAGAAAAGCCUCCCCGCCCUGCGUCAGUCUCUGCUCAGCAGUCAGCAGUCUCUGGUCACGCCCAGCACCUCGGCCCCACCCCUCACCGCCCCCGGCUCUGUCACCGCCAUCCGGCCCAGACUGCCCAUCAGCCCAGCAACCAGCACCGUCAGACUGAACCCGCCGCUCACCAACACUGUGGCUAUGGGCAGAACCGGAGUCCAGACCGUACAGACCCGGACGCCUGUCGUCUUCAGUCAGACUCUCAGACCUCAAGGUACGCUCAUACGAGGACCCACUGCUGUCAUCGGUAAAAGUCCGAUUCACCUGGCAGCUCAGGCCAAUCAGAAGAAGCUGAGUGACCCGGGAGGCGGGACCUUCAGAGAUGAUGAUGACAUCAACGACGUGGCAUCCAUGGCCGGCGUGAAUCUGAACGAGGAAAACGCUCGAAUCCUGGCGACCAGCUCGGAGCUCGUCGGCACGAAGAUCCGCUCGUGUAAAGAUGAGUCCUUCCUGCCCACUGGCCUGCUGCACUGCCGCAUCCUGGACACAGCUAAGAAGCUCGGGGUGAGCGAGGUUCCUCUGGAGGUCGUAAACUUCAUCUCUCACGCCACUCAGUCCAGACUGCGCUCGUUGCUGGAGAAAGUUUCAACUGUCGCGCAACAUCGCACAGACGGAGGAAAGGAUGAAGAGCAUCAUGAACAGACGACAGACGUUCGUUCUCAGCUUCGUUUCUUUGAGCAGCUGGAGAGACUUGAGAAACAAAGAAAAGACGAACAGGAGAGAGAGAUCCUGCUGAAGGCUGCCAAGAGUCGAGCGCGGCAGGAAGAUCCAGAACAGGCUCGACUGAAGCAGAAGGCUAAAGAGAUGCAGCAGCAGGAGUUGGCUCAGAUGAGACAACGAGACGCCAACCUCACGGCGCUUGCCGCCAUCGGCCCGCGCAAGAAACGCAAGAUGGACUCACCGGGCGGCGCCGCGUCCGGAUCAGAGGUGGCUUCGGGCUCGAGCUCGGGCUCCUCUGCGGCGUCCUCGUCCCGUCAGCAGCUCCGUCAACGGAUCACUCGGGUCAACCUCAGGGACUUCAUCUUCUGUCUGGAGCAGGACCGCUCCACAGCACGCUCACUAACGCUCUACAAGGCGCUGCUCAAAUAAGGAUGAACAUCACAGACUGGACUUCAAGCUCCGCCUCCUCAGAGCCGCUCAGACAGGAGUCCUGGAUCUGUCGUUCCAGGUCAGAUCUGAGCCCUCGGCUUCAGUUUCAGGUGUUCUCCAGACAGGAAGCCUCCUCUCCAGACAGGAAGCCUCCUCUCCAGACAGGAAGCCUCCUCUCCAGACAGGAAGUCACUCGGCUAAGUUUGUGAGCUAACCGCUAACCUGUUAGAUGGCCAGGUUAGCGGUUAGCUCACAGACAGAAAGAAGCUGUUAGCUCCCUGUUAGCUCUCAGUUAGCUUCUUAGCCCUUAGCUUAGCUUGGUCAGUAACAGAGCUAACAAGCUACGAUAGCUUCCUCCAUUUUGACUCUCAUCCAAUCAGAGGUCAGCUUGGUCAUGAUUGGUCAGAUUCAAAGUUAAACUCUGUGAAUGACCUGCUGCCUACAUUACCCACAAUGCAACAGGCCCUCUGACUGCUGAGUGCAGGUCCACAUGGACAGUGAUCUACAUGCAACAGAGACCUGGAGACUCCUGGAGACCCCUGGAAAUGCCUUGAGAAUGCUGGAGAGCGGCUGAACUGACUUUAAUGAACAUUUUUGAUAGAAAACAUGUCGACAUGAAUCUGAACUGAGAUCAGCUGAUCCUGGUCCUGGACUCGACACCCAGCGCUGUACCUGAACAGGUGCCUUCGACUCUCGUCUCUCUUCAUCCUUUUCUUUCUGGAGCCGCUCAUGAUGUCGCAGAUCUAUGAGGUCACAGGUCGUCUGUGAGGUCACAUGGUCACGUUUUUUAAGUUUGAGUAAUGACGCAUUUUAACAAGCUUCAUGUCGUCUGUCAGAGUGACGACCAAUCAGCUUGUAGAAAAUUUUAGUGUGUGUGUGUGUGUGUGUGUGUGUGCGCGCGCACCGACAGACUUUAACGGUUCACACAAAACUUCAACAUUUAGCUUAGCUUAGCAUAAAGAGCUAUCUUCAAAUUACAAACAAAUAGUUCUGAGGUUAAACAGAACCAGGCUGAACAGAACCAGGCUAACAGUUUCCCUCUGUUUCCAGUCUUUAUGCUAAGCUACGCGCUGGCUCACUCAGGCUACGUUCAACGACGCUAACGACGUUAGCUUCACAUCAUUCCUGCAGUCUGUUCCUCGUCAUGUGUUUUAACUCAUCAUGUGACUCUGACAUCACUCUGACAUCAUGUGACUUUGUUGUAAUAAAAUUUUCAGUUUUUUAAAAAAUGUUUUUUUUUUUUUUGUAAACGUCACCUGAAGCUCCGCCCCCCUGCUCCGUGUCCUGUACUAUAUAAACAUGUAUGUUUAAAUGUGUUUAUAUAUGUAUGUAUAGUACAGGCCCGGCCCGGCCCGGCUCGGCCUGGCCCGCCUCUCUGUUGAAGGAUGUUGUCAUAUUUAUAUUUGGUACUCUGAAUGAACUCUGAUGAUUUUACAGACUGUUUGUACGUUUGCAAAAAAAACUGAAUAAAGAAAAUCAUGAAAA